AUGCAGGUUAUUGUGCAACUACUACGUAGCGUAAACUCGUGGCGAAAAUCGAAUCGCAACCGUUCGCCCAAACGUGACCCUCCCCUCGCCCUCGCUUUCCUUUCCCACGCUUCCGCUCUCUUUCGCCCGCGUCGUCGCCAUCGCUUCCGCAGCUCGUCGCGUGCCCGUCGCCUUCGCUCCGCCCGUCGCCUUCACUUCUCCCCCGUUGCCUUCACUCGCCCCCCCUCUUCCAUUGCCUUCAUUUCCCCCUCCCGUCGCCUUCACUUCCCCCUCCCGUCGCCUUCAAUUCCCCCUCCCGUCGCCUUCAUUUCCCCCUCCCGUCGCCUUCAUUUCCCCCUCCCGUCGCCUUCACUUCCCCCUCUCGUCGCCUUCACUUCCCCUCCCGUCGCCUUCAUUUCCCCCUCCCAUCGCCUUCAUUUCCCCCUCUCGUCGCCCUCACUUCCCCCUCCCGUCGUCUUCACUUCUCCCCCCCGAUGCCUUCGAUUCCCCCUCCCGUCGCCUUCCAUGCCUGCCGCACUCGCUUUCCCCCCGUCACACUCGCUUCCCCACCCGUCACCUUCACUUCCCCUCCCAUUGCCUUUCACUCUCUCCUGCUCAAUCUCUUUCCCCCUGCUCACUCUCUUCCCCCCUGCUCACUCUCUUCCCCCCUGCUCACUCUCUUCCCCCCUGCUCAAUCUCUUUCCCCCUGCUCACUCUCUUCCCCCCUGCUCACUCUCUUUCCCCCUGCUCACUCUCUUCCCCCAUGCUCACUCUCUUCCCCCCUGCUCACUCUCUUUCCCCCUGCUCACUCUCUUCCCCCCUGCUCACUCUCUUUCCCCCUGCUCACUCUCUUCCCCCAUGCUCACUCUCUUCCCCCCUGCUCACUCGCUUCCCCCCUCCUCAAUCUCUUCCCCCCUGCUCACUCUCUUCCCACUCUCUUCCCCCUACUCACUCUCUUCCCACUCUCUUCCCCCUUGCUCACUCUCUUCCCCCCUGCUCACUCGCUUCCCCCCUCCUCAAUCUCUUUCCCCCUGCUCACUCGCUUCCCCCCUCCUCAUUCUCUUUCCCUCUGCUCACUCCCCUUGUUCUAACCCCACUUUCCCCAUUUCUCACCCAUUUUCCCCCUUCACGCUCUCUUACCCCCUCUGCUCGCCCCUGUUUUCCCGACUCAUGACUAUACUCACUCUCUCCCCCCCUGCUCACUCUCUUCCCCCCUUGCUCACUCUCUUUCCCCUUGCUCACUCUCUUUCCCCCCUUCUCACUCUCUUCCCCCCUCCACGCUCUCUUUCCCUCCCUUCCGCCCGUUGCCCCCCUUCGUCUCGCGCUCGUCCCCUCGCAAUCCCCGUCUCUCUCCCCCCUGGUCGCCCUCGUUUUCCCCGUCGCCCUCCCUUCCAGUCCUCGUUGCCCUCGCCAUCCCUCCCUUCUCCCUUCCCAUCUCGCACACUUGCCACGCCCCCUUUCCAACCCACACAUACACCCUUCCCUUCUUCCCUGUUUCCUCGUAUCCCCUGCGCUGCUUCCCCCCAUCCUCCGACUUGCUCCCCCCAUCCCCUUCCCUGCUUCCCCCCAACCCCUUCCCUGCUCCCCCCCAUCCCCUUCCCUGCUUUCCCCCCUCCCCUUCCCUGCUUCCCCCCGUCCCCUUCCCUCCUUCCCCCGUCCCCCUCCCAGCAUCCCCCCAUCCGCUUCCCUGCUCACCCCCAUCCCCUUCCCUGCUCCCCCCCAUCCCCUUCCCUGCUUCCCCCUAUCUCUUUCCCUGUUUCCCCCUAUCGCCUUCCCUUCUCACCCCUGCUCCCUCUAUUUCACCCUUGCUCCCUCUGUUUCACCCAUGCUCCCUCCCCUUAUUCUUUGCUCACUCUCUUCCCCCUUGCUCACUCUCUUUACUUCUGCUCACUCUGUUCCCCCCUGCUUCCUCUCUUCCCCUCUGUUCAAUCUAUCCCCCGUUGCUUCUUCUCUUCCCCUCUGCUCAUUCUGUUUACUGUCUUUCCCCCUUCACCCACCCCCAUACCCCCCAAUGCAGAGGGUGGGGAGGAGGGUGGGGAGGAGGGUGGGGAGGAGGGUGGGGAGGAGGGUGGGGAGGAGGGUGGGGAGGAGGGUGGGGAGGAGGCUGGAGAGGAGGGUGGGGAGGAGGGUGGGGAGGAGGGUGGGGAGGAGGGUGGGGAGGAGGGUGGGGAGGAGGGUGGGGAGGAGGGUGGGGAGGAGGGUGAGGAGGAGGGUGGGGAGGAGGGUGGGGAGGAGGGUGGGGAGGAGGGUGGGGAGGAGGGUGGGGAGGAAGGUGGGGAGGAGGGUGGGGAGGAGGGUGGGGAGGAGGGUGGGAGGAGACUGGGGAGGAGGGUGGGGAGGAGGCUGGAGAGGAGGGUGGGGAGGAGGCUGGGGAGGAGGCUGGGGUGGGGCGGAAUGGGGUGGGGCAGAAAGGGGCGGAUUGGGGAGAUGAGGGAUGGGGAGAUGAGGGAUGAGGAGAUGAGGGAUGGGGAGGUGUGGGAUGGGGAGGAGAGGGCUGGGGAGGAGAGGGAUGGGGAGGUGAGGGAUGAGGAGAUGAGGGAUGGGGAGAUGAUAGAAGGGGGGAUGAGGAAUGGGGAGAUGAGGGAAGGGGUAAUGAAUGAGCGUGUAUGCGACGGAAGGGUGCUGCUGACCACGCACCCUCCCACACCCCACGCGAUGGGAAGGGAUGAGAGGGUGGGCGGCAUGGGUAGAGAAGCGAUGGUGAAGAGGGGGAACGUGAUGGGCAGGGGAGUGAUGAUGACGUGGAGAGAGGAGGAGAGAAGGGAGGUCGGCGGGAAGGCUAAGCGAGGACGAUGGGAGGGCAAGCAUGGGUGA